AUGCCCCCUGCGACCCCUUCGCGGCUUCGGCUGGCUCAACCGGUCCACGCUACCUUCGACGACACGGCCGUUGGACCUAAGGGCUAUCCCGCUUUGCGAGAGCGGAGUCGCCAAAGCACACGUACUGUCGCACUUGCGUGUUUGAACUGCCGCGAAAUCAAGAAGAAGUGCAGCGGUGGCAAUCCGUGCAGGCCCUGCAUCGAGAAGGGCAAAGCGCACACAUGCGUCAGAGCGACGAAGAAGAUACGAGUUCGCGCAGGGCAACAGACGCUUCCUUCGGAGCCUGCGGGUUUGCCUUCCCUGCCUGUAAGCCAGGGGGCACCUGUGCCCGUCGCGAUGGCCUCAGCGCCAGCUCCGAGCGCUGAUGCCAUGUCAUUUUCGCCACGCGAAGUUGGCAGUGCGCAUGUUACCCCUCCUUUCUGGUCGACGGUUGGCCACUCCGGAGAGCAGUACCCCAUGGACGUCAAUGUCCUUUCUGGCGCCGGAGGCUGGCAGUGCGAGAUGAUGAACACAGCGUCGGAGGGGUACCAUCCGCGUCACUGGGUCGAGCCCGCCUCUGAUAUGGCGGCAUUCGGCCGCGGUCAAUACAUGGCGUCCAACGGGGCCUACCAAUACGACGCAGGCAUUGCGGCAUUCCAGAGCACGGGGUUUGGCGCACAGCUGCCGCAGCUGUUCUUCACCUUCUAG